CUCACUUUUCUCUUCGCUCCAGUACAACCACCACCUCUACAUUGCCAGCUCUCAAGAUUUCGUCGUCGAUGAAGACGAUGACACUGCGGCGCGGCGGCGGCGGCAUACGCAUCAAGAAGAAGGCCCGCGGCUUCAUGUGCGGCGGCUGCGGCUGCUCCAACUCAAAGGCCGUCUCCAUCUCCGACGGCUCCGACAACGACAAGCAGUCGCCCAUGGCCACGCCGCCAGCGAAUACGUCGAGUACUACCACCACUACGACCACGGGGAGCGCCGGGAACAAGACGACGGCUUCGUCCGCCGCGCCGGGGCGGUCCUCGUUCUCUGCUUCCUACGACGACUAUGUCGACACCGACACCAGCGUGGGGAGCACGCCCAGCGUGGCCGCGCUCCUGCGGCAGCUCGGCGAGCUCGAGCGGAGCGUCCUGUCACUGCAGGGCGCGGUCACCGAUGGCCGCGGCGCCAAGAACGACGGCCGCGGCGGCAGCAGGCGGCACAGGCGGGCUGUAAGUGACGGAGGAGGCGGCGGGUCAGGGAGGGUGGAGGAGAGCGUGGCGGUGGUGAAGGAGUCGGCCGACCCGCUGGCCGACUUCCGGCGGUCCAUGCUGCAGAUGAUCGUGGAGAAGGAGAUCGUGGGCGGGGCCGAGCUCCGGGAGCUCCUCCACCGCUUCCUGUCCCUCAACUCGCCGCAUCACCACCACGUCAUCCUCCGCGCCUUCGCGGAGAUCUGGGAGGAGGUCUUCGCCGGCUACGAGCGCACGCCGGACUUCCUCGUCUCCCACCGCAAGACGAAGAAGAAGCAGCUCCCGCCGAUCUCCUACGCCGCCGCCGAUGACGACGACAUGCACUGGAACGCCGCCUAACAAACUCUCCACUCUACACCAUUCCAAUAUGCUCGAUUCGUCCUCCAUUCAUUUCAUCGUAGCCGUUCAGAUAUUUUCGCUUCCCUGGGACGACAUUUUAGCGAGAUUCUGUUAAUUAUAGCUUCUUGAUGCAUUUCUUUCGGCGAAUUCAGUAGGAUUUCAGGCUUUGUACAAACUACAAACAAAACCUAGUGGUUUCCGCAGGCUUUUUGGGUGUUUUUGUAUCAUGUAUUUCUCCGGAAUUCUGUUGCUGAUAGCAAAACCAAUCUU